AUGGAGAUCAAGUUAUUAGCUUGGCAUCCGAGUUCUUACAUACUAUUAUUGGUGUCCAUGCUCACUCUUAUCAUCUCAUAUAAGUCCACGGAAAUUCAUUGUCUUGCUGCGGUCAAUGAUAACAAUUCAAAUGACCGCCUGGCAUUAAUUGCAUUCAAGAGGGAAAUUACUCAGGAUCCACUGGGAAUACUGAGCUCAUGGAACAACAGAAGUAAUUCUCUUCAUUUAUGCGAGUGGAGAGGUGUGACAUGCAGUGGUAGUAGAGUCUCCGUGUUAGACCUCAAUUCCCAAGGAUUGGUAGGUUCCAUUUCUCCUUACAUUGGAAACCUCAGCUUUCUUAAGGAUUUCUUCCUCUACAACAACAGUUUAAAUGGAGAAUUGCCGCAGCAAAUUGGUCGUCUUUUGCGUUUAAAAAGGAUAGAUCUUUCGUAUAAUUUUCUCAAAGGGGAAAUUCCAGAAAAUAUUUCUAACUGCUCCAAUCUCAGAAACCUUGAACUUUCUAACAACAAGCUUGUGGGAAGCAUUCCACAUAAAUUAGGUUCCUUCCACAAUCUCAUAACAUUGGGUCUUCAUGACAAUAAUCUUUCCGGAGAAAUUCCAUCUUCAUUGGGUAACCUUUCAUCAUCUCUUACUGUUCUUGAUGUCGGUUAUAACUUCAACUUGAAAGGAAGAAUCCCAAGUACUCUAAGCCAACUAACAAGCUUAAAAAUUCUGGGGCUGGAUUCGAAUAAGUUUUCAGGUAUUGUACCUUCUUCACUCUAUAAUAUUUCGUCAUCACUUGAAGUGUUUUCAUUGAUGGAUAAUCAACUCCAUGGGAGUAUUCCUUCUGAUAUUGGUUCCACACUUCCAAAUCUUACCUAUUUUUCGGUUGCAGUUAACAAUUUCACUGGAACAAUUCCAAGUUCAUUUUCCAAUAUGUCUAAACUUGAAAAGCUCCAACUGGGAACAAAUAAUUUUGUUGGAUCAGUCCCUCUUAAAUUUGGUAACUUGAAAAGUCUUAAAUCAAAAUCCGUACUACCUAUAAUGCCUUUGGAUGUGAGUAUACGUUUCAAAGGAGUCUCUUACAAUGAGCUCUUUAAAGCUACCAACGGAUUUAAUGAUUCUACCAACUUGCUAGGCAAGGGAAGUUUUGGCUCUGUAUACAAGGGAGUUCUCCAAGAUGAAUCAAAUCCUGUCGCAGUUAAGGUUCUACACCUUCAACAAAGAGGUGCAACCAAGAGUUUCAUUGCUGAAUGUGAUGCCCUAAGGAAAGUUAGACAUAGAAAUUUACUCAGGAUUUUAACUUGUUGCUCAAGUAAUGAUUUCAAAGCUCUGGUUUUUAAGUUCAUGGCAAAUGGAAGUCUAGAAAAUUGGUUGCACCCAACUAUGAGUGACACAAACAACAACGAUCAACUACAAGUGAAGAAUUUGAACCUGAAAAGAAGGUUGAACAUUGCAGUUGAUGUUGCUUCUGCAGUGAAGUAUCUUCACCAUGAUUGUGAAUCGCCCCUUGUUCAUUGCGACCUGAAGCCAAGCAAUGUCCUUCUUGAUGAUGAUUUAGUUGCCCGAGUAGGAGAUUUUGGCUUGGCUAAGUUCCUUCCUCACACCUACAACGAUUCUCGACAGCUAAAUGGACAAGAUGCAAGUUCAAUCGCAAUAAAGGGCUCCAUUGGUUAUGUGUCUCCUGAAUAUGGAAUGGGUGGUGAAGUGUCUACACUAGGCGAUGUGUACAGUUAUGGGAUCCUGUUGUUAGAGAUGUUUACAGGAAAGAGACCAACUGAUGACAUGUUUAAGGAUGGUUUAGACAUUCAUAACUUCUCUAAGAUGCAUGCAUUUCCCGAGCGAGUUUUAGAUAUUGUCGAUUCACGAUUGCUGCUGGAAUUAGAUGGUGAAGACCUUCAUAAUAACGAAACUAACAAUUACAAUAUGCGACGAUGCGAAAGAAGAAACAGAGAAAGACAUACUACCAGAAAAAUUUUAGCUUCUAUUAUUGAAAUUGGAGUUAUAUGUUCCUCGGAGUUACCUUCAGACCGAAUCAACAUGAAUGAGAUCUUAGUGGAUGUACAGGCGGUGAAGAAUCAGUUUCUUGGGAUCGGAAUGUAA